AUGGGAUAUUACAGGGCGGGUGAAGGCCUGUCAUUCAAACAUUAUUCCCCGGACUUGAGUCAGGCCACAGACAGCUACCUGUCCUUUCAGCUGUUGAGCAAUGCCGUGGAAUCACCAGAUCUACCACCUGAUUGCAUCCAAGUCCAAGCACCUUCUGCCACCAGAGAUUGUGGUUCGAGUGUCCUAGACACAGCAAGUCCUAUUGACAGUCAUUCGGUGCAUUCAAAUUACCCUUCAAUACAAAGCUCCGAGGACCAAGCACACAUUGGAAGCGACUUUCAGCCUCCAGCUGGCGCCAAUGAUAUAGACCAGGCUCAGAGUACCCACGAAAGCACCGGUACACCUCUAGUCCUCACAGGCGAUUGCUGGGGCAGAGUAGAAAUCGAUCACAAUACCGUACAUGAUGCCGUCAGUCUCAGUUCCGAGGGAUGCUUCGAUUUUCCGGUGGAACCUGUUAUGAGACGAUUCAUCAGUCAUUACUUUCUCUACGUUCAUCCUCUGUUACCAAUGCUGGACGAGGGCGACUUCUGGGAUCUUCAGUCUGAUUCUAAUCCUGCAAAUUAUCGAAACAAUUGCCCUGAUAUUCUUCUUCUACAAGCAAUGCUAUUUGCUGCCUGUCAGUUUGUGUCUGAAGAAGAAGUAAAAGCCUUGGGCUUUCGGGGCCUUCGCCAAGCAAAAGCAUGUUUCUACAAACGCGCAAAGCUUCUUUACAGCUCACAGAUGCAAACCGACCACAGUCUAAUGGCACAGGCUGCACUUUUACUGACUUACUGGAGCUCUUCACUCAACUCGAGUGAGAAGCAACCAAACAGCAUUUGGCUUGGCCGUGCCAUCAGUCAUGCAAAGGCACUGGGAGCAGACAAGUGCGCAGAUAUACCCAAAGGUGUUGGGCAUGCAUCUUCCCAACAGCGAUUACAUGAUAACAGAUUAAGAAGAAUCUGGUGGUGUUGCAUCAUCCGGGAUCGAAUUAUCUCCCUUUGCGUUCGUCGACACCUACAGAUCUCACGGGACCAUCUCGACAAUCAUGCAACCACGACUAUCUCGUACGAUACCCUUUCAGGCGAGAACGACCGGUCUCAUGUUUAUGACGUCGACACUAAAAGCUCUCUAAUUACUCUUAUGCUUACGAUGACAGACCUGUGUCUCUGUCUUUCCGAUAUCUUGACAGUAGUACAUCCAGCCAAGGAUUUCACCGUGUCUGAUGCCCGCGACUCAACUAGGAGAAUCUUACAGAUUUAUGAAUGCAAAAAAGGCUUGGAGAACUGGUGCGCCAGGGCUGUAGCGUCCUCAUUAAUAAUGGCCAUUACUGAGCACGAUGGCCAACAAGUCGAUAUGCCAAAGAGCUCUGUCUUGAUGUUCGCCAAUAUGAUAUGGAUAUACUAUCACUCUGCCCGCGUCACUCUUUGCAACUUCGAGUUGUUACUAGGCAUGACUACCCAUUCACUCGUCUCAUACGAGAGCACACAGCUCCAAGUAGCAACCAUUGAGAGAGUGCGGAUUGGGCUGUGGGAUGCAGCGACAAAUAUUACCAACAAACUUGAACAGCUUCUCGAUCUUGGAUUAGCUCGUUAUUUACCGAGCAGCGCAGUGUCAUGUACGGCACUUCCACUGGCGCUACAUAUACUCGACGCCAAACUAUCACCCGCAGUAGGUCCCCGAGAAACAAAAGACGAGCAAUCCAGAAGAUUCAGGAGACAAAACCAGUUGAACAUCCUCGUUGCCGCGAUGAUAGAGUACCAGCCAAGAUAUGAAGGGGUUGAUUGGGUCACAAGAGCGAUCAGGUACUUUAUGGAGUGCACAUACUGUGAAUCAGCAAUGAUCCACCAAAACGUCACAAACGACGAGCAUCAGGUAAAGAAACCUUCAAUGGAUGUCAUUUCCCAAAAUCCCGCACAUUUCCUUAGGCUGGCAUUGACUCUUGAUCUGAGUCUAAGCCAAGACCGGUUGCCUGUCGAGAGAGACUUUCCCCGCAAGCUGCAGGCUUUGAUAAGCAAAACUGGAUGUUUCAUCCCAUUCCUGUUUUCACAAGACAGCGACCAUGACGAUAAUAUGAUAGUUGAAGAUAUUGCUACUGUUGCUAGACAGCAAGGGGCUACUUGCACGCUCUCGAUCAUUGAUACGACAUGCUAUCUCACAGUUCCAGCAGAUACUUUGGUUGAACCUGCGAUACCAGGACACGAACUGAUGAACUUCCCCACGUUCUCAUUCCUCAUCAACCACGACACCACAGGAAAGCAGCUACUCUUCGACCUGGGAUGUCGAAAGGACUUUUGGAAUUUGCCAGACCCCAUCGCAAAGACCAUCGAUAAGAGAGUCCCUGGGAUCAAGGUCGAUAACAACCUAGCCGAUAUUUUACGAGAAGGUGGCCUUGACCUUUCAAAGAUUGACGCAGCAAUUGUCAGCCACCACCACUACGAUCACCUAGGGGACCCAAGUACGUUCCCAGAGACCAUGGAUCUCAUCGUUGGUCCUGGCUUCUCCCAGCAUUUUCUUCCUGGCUACCCAGCAAACCCCAAUUCGCCAGUCCAUGAGUCAGCCUUCAAAAACCGUGAGGUCAGAGAGAUAGACUUUGAUCAACAUCUCCAUGUUGCUGGAUAUCAGGCUAUGGACUACUUUGGUGAUGGAAGCUUGUUCCUUCUCAACACCCCAGGCCACGCCAUUGGUCAUCUUUCUUCCCUGGUCAGAACGACUAGCGACACAUUCGUGUUUCUUGGAGGAGACAUAUGUCACUUUGGAGGGGCUUUUAGACCAACUGAGAAGACUCAAAUGCCGAGAGAACUCACAAGAGAAGAGGUUGGCCUGCCCUCUUCCGCACCAGAGGUUGUAUCAUGCCAGCAAUACUUAUCAUGCCAUCCAAACCCGGCUGAGGCUAGCUCUACUCCAUACUACCAACCAUGCAGCCAUGCCGACUCUUGGUACGUCGAUCCGUCUGAGGCACAUAAGAGCGUAAGCACCCUCAUGUCUUUAGAUGCGAUCGAUAAGGUGUUGGUCCUGAUCGCGCAUGACCCAUCCAUCAUGGGAGUCCUCCCAAUGUUUCCUGCCGCGACUCUCAAUGGAUGGUAUCAGCUCGGGUGGAAAAGACUACUGCGGUGGAGGUUCCUGGAUCAGCUUCCAAAAGACGGACAGCCUAGACCGUAUCUUGUUGAUGGGACCUAUGUAGAUGGAAGGCGUGUGAAGACGCUGGGUGGAACCAAAAUUUAG